UGUUUUGAUCCAGAGGUGGAAGUGACAGCUCCAAAAAGGCAAAGAUGGCUGCUCCCAAACAAAAAAAUAUCAAAGCCCACCACUGAUGGUCAUGUGAUCUUCUUUUCUGCUUCUCUCUGAAACGACACCGAGCCCGCAAAUGGGCAGCUGGAACUGAGAAGCAGGAGGCAGCUGUCAGUGCAGACAGACAGCCCUAGGGGAGGAGUUGCGGGUCUGAUUUGGAAGCGCAAAUAGAGAGGGAGAGCGCACGAGAUGGUUCAGGCUCCCAAGCCCAAGCCAUCCCGGCAGCCCAAACCAGGUGAGACUGGGAGGAAAAGCGACAGAGCAACGCUCUCUGUAGAUUUCUAACAAGGCGAGAAAGCAAGGAGAGCAUCUUGUGGGGGAGAGGAUGUCAGCAGGGCAGAGGAUGUAGGCAAAGACCUGGCAAGGGAAGGGAACGCUCCAAGUCCAAGGGGCUGCCCAGCCUCCUCUGCCAGGGUUGGCUUUGGAAGAGGGCGGCAGCGGCAUAGCUUGCACCCCUGCUUCAUUUCUUCGGCUUGUGUCUUGAAUUCCGGCCAGAAAUAUGGGGCAACAGGCGAGAGAGAGGGGCAGCCAACUCCCCCUCCUUCUUUCCCCGGUUCUGACCUGAAGACAAAGGUUUGAGACUGAGAAGACAUGGCAAGGGGGUCUUUUCGUUGCCCUGCCUUGGGAGACGGAUCCAGCCGGGCGCUUUGCAAGACCGAGAGCCUGGGAUCCCGGCGGAGGGGCUGCUGAGGGCCAGAAGGGCAGAGCGAUGGGCUACAAUGGGAGCUGGGCGCCCUCUGCCAACGAGAGCCAGAGGGGGCCCUUCCAGGCCCUCGCCGCCCCGGCCUUGAACACGUCGGAGGCAGCGCGGCGGGGCCACUGGGGGGACCAGGGAGGCCGGGAAGAGCAGACCUACCGGCAUUUCGCCGUCGUGGUGCAAGUGCUCAUCUUCAUCGGCUCCCUGAUGGGAAACUUCGUGGUCUUGUGGUCAACGUGCAAGAUGUCCAUUUUUAAGUCGGUAACAAACCGCUUUAUUAAAAACUUGGCCUGCUCCGGCAUCUGUGCCAGCCUGGUCUGUGUGCCUUUUGAUAUUGUCCUUAGUGCUAGUCCACACUGCUGUUGGUGGAUCUACACUAUGGUCUUCUGUAAGAUCAUCAAGUUCCUGCACAAAGUUUUCUGCUCAGUGACCAUCCUUAGCUUUCCUGCCAUUGCUCUGGAUAGGUACUAUUCAGUGUUAUACCCACUGGAAAGAAAAAUAUCAGAUGCUAAAUCUCGUGACGUGGUGAUUUACAUCUGGGCUCAUGCCGUGGUGGCCAGCAUUCCCGUAUUUGCUGUGACCAGUGUGUCAGAUAUUUAUGCUAUGUCCACCUGUACUGAACCCUGGAGCUAUUCCAUUGGCCAUUUAAUAUAUGUCAUCAUUUACAACAUUAGCACUGUGAUUUUGCCAGUAGCCAUGGUGUUUCUCUUUAUGAUCCUCAUUCGCAGAGCACUGAGUGCUAGCCAAAAGAAAAAAGUCAUCAUAGCUGCCUUAAGAACCCCACAAAAUACAAUUUCUAUUCCUUAUGCCUCUCAGAGAGAAUCUGAACUCCAUGCCAUGCUGCUGUCUAUGGUUAUGGUUUUUAUUUUCUGCAGUGUCCCUUAUAUGACGUUGGUGAUUUACCGCACUAUAUUCGAUGCCUCUGACACUUCUGUCUAUUUGCUCCUCACUGCCAUCUGGCUGCCCAAGAUAUCACUGUUAACCAAUCCUCUGCUCUUCCUGACUGUUAACAAAUCUGUACGUAAGUGUUUGGUGGGGACGAUUGUGCAGUUACAACGCAGGUACAGCCGGAGAAACAUUGUCAGCUCUGGAGCUGUAGUGGAUGCCAACCUGGAGCCACAUGUCCGUUCUGGUAGCCAGCUGUUGGAGAUGUUUUACAUUGGGCAGCAGCAAAUUUUCAAGCCCACAGAGGACGAAGAAGAGAAUGAGACUAAAUCCAUUGGCUCCAGCAAUUACCAGCAGAAAGAAAUCCCAACCACUAGCUUAGAGGUAGAACACACUGUAGUUCAGAAGCCUGUCCCCCAUGCAGUCGCAGAUUCCGCUGCACAGGUGGCACCAGCGAUGCCAACAGAAAGUGAAAUGGCCAAUGAGAAGUACUCCAUGCAACUUGGCUUUGGGCCCUUCGAGCUGCCUCCACAGUGGUUGUCAGAAAACCAGAACAGUAAGAAACGACUUCUGCCCCCUUUGGGAAAUACUCCAGAGGAGCUCAUCCAGACCAAGCAGUCCAAGUGUAAAGCAGAAAGAAAAAUGAGCAGGAACAAUAAAGUCAGCAUCUUCCCCAAGGUGGAUUCCUAGAGGGAGAUCUCUAUGAGAUGAGACUGCAGUGCAUUCUCACAUACAAGUGAUCCUAUGGAUCUUUGUUAAGAUGAAAUGAUCUUAAUUUUUUUGGUGCCAAUGUAUGUGAAAACAACAUCAAAUGAUUUGUGUUUCAAUACAACUAUCAAAUCUUUAUCUGCAUUUAUCAUCUCUUUCCUUAUAUCUAAGGCUAGACUCCAUUCAACUUCUAAAGAGGCAUUUUGGAGCUUUCCUGUCUCAAAGGUUGCUUCUUUCCUCUCUUUGUUUUGUUAAAAUCUUUCAGACUGGUCAAACACCGCAAAUGUGUACACAUGCAGAGAAACAUUAUGGUAUCUGCUGUACAGUUACAGAGUUCUAGGGAAAGGUAAUCAAUAAAUAUGCAGAUCUCUUCCUUGGAGAUCCAUAACUCUUUCUAUUUGUACACACAAAGCACUGAGUAUUUGUCAGAUAAGUAGGCAAACUGCAGACCUCCAGAUGUUUUUGGACUACUAUGCCCUCUACUUGCCAAUAUAGCCAGUGAUCAAGAGUUCUGGAAAUGACACUCAACAGUUAACAACAUCUAGAAGAGUAUAUCUUGUCCAGUCUUGCUUUAGGAGAACCAUAAAACUUGUCAGUUUGUGAUGUCUUCUAGUGGCCAGAACUAAACAAACACAGGACACAUUGAUAAAUCAAUUUUUUAAAGAUCUCCUUUUAUUUAAUCACCUUAAAAUACCCCAUCCCAGAAAAAAUUCAAUAAAUAAGUAAUGAAUAAGGACAUAAGUAGUUGAAUCUGCCUCAUGCUGUUGAAACACUUGUGGGCUAAAAAUAUAUGCAUAUAAAGCCCUAAAAUACCGUGUUUAUGGAAUAUUUUCAUCUGGAGGUUGACAAUUUAGUAGGCUCAAUGGGGCAAAAAUGAUCAGUAGAGCAACAACAACUAGGAGAUAAAAUACAUACAAAGUAACUUUUCCUUCCAGACAGUGCUACCUAAGAGACAACAGUUUUGGUUUCGAUAAAGCAUGGAUAUAUGACACCUAACUUAAAUGCUAUGACCACUGUGUCAAAAAGAACCCAAUCCUUGGUAUAAAAUAUUUUCUGAGAGAUUCCUGUGAUUGUUGCCUGGUUUUCAAUUUGUCUAUAAAAUCAUGAAAUCACUGAGAGUUUUUAGCAGUUGGCUUCUAAGGGUUGGUAUCACUUUGUACUAUGUGAUGAAUGAACAAAUCUAGUGUGGAUAUGAUUUGUAAUCUAAAUUUUUGUGUUUAAAUCAAGGAUGCAUGGAAAUUAUGCAAAACAGAAUAUGGAAGGACAGAAGAAACCCCUUAAUAAUAAUUGCUUUGUUUUAUAAAAACUAUUUUCUAAAAUUUUUAAAAGGAUACGAGUGGGGAAGAUUCUGUUUUCCUUUUCAAAGACCAAAUUAACCUGGAUAAAAUAUGUGAUAUAAUUUCUCUACUGAAAGAUGCAGAACUGUGCAGUGUGGUGGCCUUGAGCAGAGUCACUGUGAAGACAAAAACAGUUUAAUAUAUAUCACAGGGAUAAGGAAUUUGUGACUCUCCAGAUCUUAUUGGUCCCAGAUAUACUCCCAAUGGAUGGGGGUGAUAGAAAUUGUGGUCCACCAUCUGGAGGGGCUCAGGUUACUUUCUACAACCUACAGCGUAUAAACAAGUAGCAUAUUAUAAAUACGCCACCUCUAAUUAAUACAUGUAAAUCAUUCCCAAUUAUUUAUGGUAAUCAAGCUUCAAGGCAUAAUACACUUUCCAAAUGGAAGUGUGCUACCAUAAGUAGUUUAGGAAUUUCUACUUUGCUGUCGAAUUCAAAGACAUAACUGUAUUAGUCUGAAUCGGUAUGCAAAGGGAUCUUGGAGCACCUUUGAGAUUAAGAACUUUAUCACACGAGGCAUGAAAACUGGCAUUGCAGCUCAAGUGUAGGAUGCACUUGGCAUCAUGUGUAUCUCACUACCAGUUUGCUUCCCUCCCUCCAGCCCACCCCAUGAUCCCUAGCUGUUGAUACUGUGUUCCAGACACCUACUGUAGCGCAAUGGGUUCUUUUUUGCUUCUGUGCUGGCAUGCUGGCAGACACAUGACUUCAGUGGCCAGAAUUCUCCUCUCCCUAACUAUUCCCAGGGUGGUUGAAAGGCAUGUAGCCGGGGGGG